AUGGAUUCCCCUGGUAGAAGGUCUGGAUCUGCCAUGUCGCUGAGGAAGCUAGGGCUGGUUGUGGCAAUAUUCUUUUUCAUGAUGGGAACAACGGUCGUGGUUCUCUACAAAUACCUGAAUGCCAAGAGCUCUGGAGGUACAGAACAAAAGCCCGAAGGCGCCUUCGGAAUUCCACUGCGAAAAGAAUCGAGUAGGCUGAGACCCAAUGGAGGCGAGCGAAUGAGCAUUCUUUCCAUGGAUGCGGAGCAUGUACGGAGACUGUUUGAUGUGCUUUUCGAAGAUAUUAACAAUGCAAAAGAAGCAUAUGAAGACAUCAUGAAUCUUCUGGAAGAGUACAAGGUCAAGCGCGGGAUAAGCAAGAAAACAAAGUCGUUUAUUGACAUGCUGCUGAGCUUUUUGAAGUCGGCUCCUGGAACCGAGUCGGAAGACAUCAAGAUCCUUAAGUCAUUGGCUAAUAUAGUCGCCAAACACUAUUUGAAGAAAUAA